AUGAUGGAUGAAAACACAAUGAUAACACUUACUGGCAAGGAAUGUGCAUCAUAUGAUGUGCAUCUCAUGACUGAACCAUGUGGUGUUCCAUGCAUGGUGGAAAUAUUUCACUUUUUGUGUUCUUUGCUGAACGUUAUUGAGAAUAUAGAAUUGGGUCCUAGAUCAAACACUAUAGAAUUUGUUGAAGAUCUGGAAGCAUCUUUUUCUUGUGUCAUUUUGAGACUUGCACAAAGUAGAUAUGGGGCUUCAUACCAGCAGCAAGAGGUAGCCAUGGAAGCCCUUUUCGUCUUCUGCAGGCAAAAGACAUUUAUGGCUGAUAUGUAUGCUAACUUUGAUAGCGACAUAACUUGCAGUAAUGUCUUUGAAGACCUCGCUAAUUUGUUGUCCAGAAGUGCAUUUCUUAUGAACUGUCCAUUGUCUGUGAUGCAUAUUCCUGCUUUAGACUGUCUUAUUAUUGUUAUACAGGGAAUGGAUGAAAGGACAACCAAUGAAUCUGCACCAGUCUGA